AUGCAUCAAGAUCGUCCCGCCAUCUCCGUUCUGGUCUUCCACUGCCCCGAGAUGCAUCCUUUGGGACCCAGUGGUUCAUAUGCUACAUUUGGCGGUAAAGACGCCUCCCGAGGGCUGGCAACAUUCUCCGUGACGUCUUCAGACAAGGAGUAUGACGACCUAAGUGACCUCAACUCUAUGGAGAUGGAGUCAGUUAAAGAGUGGGAGGCUCAGUUCCGAGCUCGGAGCGACUCGCGCCGCGCGCAUCCCGCGUUUGGACGCGCCGGGCCGUUGCGGCGCCUGGCCCCGCCGGGCUCAUCGCGCACCCCUGCACAGUGCCCAGUGCGAGCAGAACAAGAGCGUGAUGCGCGCUCGCGCCCCGCUCACGCUCCGCUGUAG